CAAAAUAAUGUAGAGGUAUCGUGUUGUACGCUCGGCCAAUCAUAACUCAGGUGAGGCUAUCUGGCUUGUGUGUCGGUCCGUGAGUCUACGGGGGAUGCGCCGACGGUCUCUAUAUAAAGGGUGUCAUCUCUAACCCCGGACACUCGUUCCACCACCAACAGGCCGCAAACGUCUCUGUACCAACGCGUUAGUCGUACACGACCGCGAUUUCUCUUCUUCUUCUUCUUCUUCCUAUUAUUAUUAUUAUUCUAUUGUAUCCGUGAGAAGAAUUCGACACACGGAGCCAACUCCCCCAGUUGAUAGUCAACGUUGCCCCCCACGUCACUUACGAUAAUGACCCUGUUAUCAUCUCUGUACGUGUUGCCGUUCCUCUGCAACUACGUAUUGGUGUCAUCGUCGAUAUUGACUCCUCUGAAGGCCGACGGUAGCCUAAGGAUCUUCAAGGAUCCGUCCAGCGAUUUCGACUACGUGCUGAAGAGACACAGCAACGGGGAUGGUCGUUCAGAGGAUUCUGAUUUAAAGGAACGACGAAGCAACCCGGGUUCUUCGUUCAUCAGAUACGGUCGCAGCGAUCCGGAUGGUAACGUGGAGAAAAUUUUGAACGGUGACGAUGGUAGCUCGAAAGUAAACAGGUAUCCUCGUUGGAAAUCACCGGACAUCGUGAUCAGAUUCGGUCGAUCUGGAUUCAGAACGAUGAACAGUGACAGAGAGUAUAAACGAGGAAGAAAUGAUUUGAAUUUUAUUAGAUACGGCCGAAACGUGCAAGUCUACCCGUUGGAGAUCGACAUGACAUCCGUGUGUUCAGAUCUAUUGUCAAACGAAGAAUCGAAGGAUAAUUAUUCUUAUGAAACGAGGUUGCUUCGUUUGUGCAACAUUCUGAACAACAUCGAUGCCGAUCACAGGAACAGUCUGGACUUCUUAGAGGAAAGGAUCGACUCGAAACACGAUUAAAAACCGUGGUCGAUCAUUAUCUCGCGCAAAUUCAUCGGAGUUUCUGUCGCUUGGCACAAGAUACAUGGCGGCCCAACUUCCGGAACACCUCACCGCAUUGGAUCCUGAAAUUCCAACGAGCAACCUUAUUAUCAGCCGAUAUAAUAUAUUGAAUUAUGGAUGAAAAGAAAGAGUACUUAUCGUUUUACUGAAAGCGUCUUUUACUGAUCUUCCACCGGUGAAGCUCCGCUUUUAAUUUUCUUCUGUAAAUGCAUCGCGGUUCUGUCGAUCCUGCGUAAUGCAAUCCUUCAGGUAAAAUGAUUGAAUGUCUUUGAUCGUGGAUCAAAGAUAAAUUAUUUCUUGCACAUUUUACACGAAUUCGAGUUACUUGGUAUGAUUUUAUUUGUUUUUGGGAAUUUUUUUUUUUUUCAGCAGCAGAAUGAAAUUUAUCAAAGAAAGUCGUUAUUAAUUAUUAAUUACUAAUUAUCGAAUGGCUGAUAAACAAUGUUGUUCCACGACGUUUCUUCUGGGUACUUUAAUGUGCAUCCACCUCCGUAUUCAAUGUACAUAUAAAGUUUAAUCAUUAGUUUCGAUAUCGGUGACGCGAAUCGAAUCAUUGAACGUUUCACUACGAGAUAGCAUCGUCAUUGUUAACGACAAUUCGUCGUUUCAUUUUGAAAAAUUGCUAGGUACAAGGAACAACGGAGCUUGUAUGCUUUCUAUACACUUGAAUAAUUUUAUGAAUAAAAUUUGAAUUGUAUCCA